AAAUCAAGGUGGACUGCGCUCGCUCGCUGGCUCGCCGCUCGCUCGCUCGCUCGCUCGCUGUUGGCUAGGCCAUGAUUUCGCUGUUGCUUGCCUGCUCCGCCCGCAUCGCAUUGGUGGACCCACCCGACAGCCGCUCCAGCCGCCUGCCCGCGCCCGACGGGGAUCUCGCGGUGCGGCCGGCGAGGCGGCUGACGCUGCUGCGGGGAGGCGGCGCGGACGGCUGGGAGCAGAUCGGAGCCCGGCCGGUCUCGAUCGACGAGGAGCGCGUCUUUGCGGGCCGCGCCUUCCCGAUGACGCUCUCUCCGCUCCUGUCCGGCCGCACCACGCUCACCGAGUGGGCUGCCGAGCACCGAGAGGAGCUCCUCCGGCUGGUGCGCGAGAACGGUGCGGUCCUGCUACGCGGCUUCGGCGGGAUGGAGACGCCGCAGGGCUUCUCGGACUUCGUCAUGGGACUGCGGCUCGAGGAGUUCGGCAUGGGCUGCUCGGCGGCGCCGCGCACCGAGGUCGCGCCCGGCGUCUUCACCGCCAAUGAGGCGCCGCCGCAGGAGAAGAUCCCCUUCCACCACGAGAUGGCGCAGUGCGAGGACAAGCCCGCCUUCCUCUUCUUCUACUGCGAGUUUCCCGCCCAGACCGGCGGAGCCACCCCAAUCAUCCCCUCCAACGCCGUCGCGACCCACCUGCGCGAGGCGUGCGGCCACGCAUUCUCGGCCGUGCGCCCGGCCACCUCUCGGCCACCCCUGGCAGUCUGUCGGCCGUCCCUCGGGCCGCGCCCGACUCUCCUCCUUUCCCUGUGCGAGGCGCACCCCGCGGUCGCCCAGCGGCUCGCGGCCCGCGGCAUCCGGUACGCGCGCACGCUGCCAGCGCAAGACGACCCUCUCUCGCCGAUCGGAAAGUCGUGGCGGACGUCCUUCAACACCGACACGCGCCAGGGCGCCGAGGCGGCGAUGGCGGCGGCCGGCACGACGUGGCGCUGGCACGGGAAUGGCGACCUGUACACCGAGACGAAGCAGAUGCCCGCUCUCGUCGUGGACGGGCGGUCGGGCAAGGAGAUGUUUUACAACGCGGUGAUCGCGGCCAUCACCGGCUGGGAGGACGGGCGCAACGACCCGCUCAAGGCGAUCCGGUACGGAGACGGCGAGGAGCUCGACGGCGAGGCUGUGGCCGCGCUGCUCGAGACGGGGGAGUGGAUGGCGGCCCACCGCGUCGCCUUUGCGUGGCAGAGCGGCGACGUGCUCAUCAUCGACAACCAGGCGGCGAUGCACUCGCGCGAGACCUUCACGCCGCCCCGCCGCAUCCUCGCCUCCCUGUGGGGCGAGGCGCUCCGCCGCCCCGAGGGAAGGGCCGAGCCAGAGCGACAGUCCUCACGCUAGGGCAUGGAAGCUACGGCGAAGGCGCACACUGUGGAAACAUACUGUGGCCGCCAUUCUCUUCCGUCUUCGUGGGUGGCGCGUGGUGCGCCUGGCGCGAGUUUCGGAGUGCUCUGUCUGUGGACAAAUGUGCUCGAGUACAAUUUGUGAUCGAUCUGGGGGCUAACGAUUUUUUGCGAUGGGA